AUACCGACUCCUCAAUGCAAAAAAAAAAAUAAAAGGGUGCCAAGAAGCUGGGACGAGGGAACGUGGGUGUAAAUAGACAGUGAACGCUCUUGGUCUCUCUCUCUCUCUUCUCUCUCUCCCCCUCCCACGUCUCUUUCUCUCUUUCUCCUUGUCUCUCUUUUAUGAAAUCAAUGAACGAGUUAUUGGGUAGGACAUAAAUAUAAGGAAUCAAAGCCUCCACCGGGACCAACGGCAUUGCGCUCUUUUGAUAUGCGUCUUCGCCAAAUGCUACAUGUGUUUUCACAUCAGUGUAAAUAUUGGCUUUGAUAGGACGAGAGCGGAAUCAGCUCUGGCACGGCUUGGUCUCGGAACCAAAUUUUGACCAAGACUUCCACCAGCUUUUUUCAACGUAAAACGAUUCUCCACCGUCACCAUCUGCUGCUGUUGUACCCAUCCCAACUCACUGGCCGGUCCGAAGAUGGCAACUUUAACCAACGGGCAGGUGGACGGCACGGUGCACGGUGUCGGUGUGGUCUCCGCCAGCACGAACGGGCUCGUGAACGGAUUAAACCACAGCCACAGCCCGGUGGGCUGCCCGGCCACCAUCCCCAUGAAGGACCACGAUGCCAUCAAACUCUUCAUCGGUCAGAUCCCCCGCAACCUGGACGAGAAGGACCUCCGGCCCCUCUUCGAGGAGUUCGGCAAGAUCUACGAGCUCACUGUGCUGAAGGACCGCUUCACGGGCAUGCACAAAGGCUGUGCCUUCCUCACCUACUGUGCCAGAGAGUCGGCCCUGAAAGCCCAGAAUGCAUUGCACGAGCAGAAGACCCUGCCAGGGAUGAACAGACCAAUCCAGGUGAAGCCAGCAGACAGUGAGAGUCGAGGAGAAGACAGAAAGCUCUUUGUGGGCAUGCUCAACAAGCAACAGUCUGAAGAUGAUGUGCGGCGUCUUUUCGAGUCCUUCGGCAGCAUCGAGGAAUGCACCAUCCUCAGAGGUCCCGAUGGAAACAGCAAAGGCUGUGCAUUUGUAAAAUACUCCUCUCAUGCUGAAGCUCAGGCAGCCAUCAGUGCACUACACGGCAGCCAGACAAUGCCUGUGGGUGGAUGGGUGGGUGCACAGGGGGCCUCAUCCAGUCUGGUGGUAAAGUUCGCCGACACGGAUAAGGAGCGUACCAUACGCCGCAUGCAGCAGAUGGCUGGUCAGAUGGGCAUCUUCAACCCUAUGGCCCUGCAGUUUGGAGCCUACGGAGCCUACGCUCAGGUGCAGCAGCAGGCGGCGCUGAUGGCGUCUGUAGGCCAGGGAGGCUACCUCAGUCCAAUGGCGGCCUUUGCUGCUGCCCAAAUGCAGCACAUGGCCACCAUCAAUGGCCUCCCAGGAGCACCGCUGACCCCAACAUCAGGUGGCAGUACCCCUCCAGGCAUCAGCGCUCCCACAGUGACCAGCAUCCCCUCCCCCAUCAGUGUAAAUGGUUUUACUGGCAUGCCGCCCCCCCAGGCAAAUGGGCAGCCUCCUGCAGAGGCUGUCUUCACCAACGGGAUACACCAUUACCCUGUGUUGCAGGAGGUGGUUUUUAGGGAGGACUCGGAGAAAAACGGCUUGGGCGUGGCUCCGCGGAGUUGUUUUGGGGUUCAGGGUGGCUGCUUCCUCUCCUCUCUCUCUGAAGCUCAAAGUCCCACUGCAGCUGAUCCUCUCCAGCAGGCUUACACAGGAGUCCAGCAGUAUGCAGCAGCCUACCCCGCUGCAUACGGCCAGAUCAGCCAAGCCUUCCCCCACCCUCCACCCAUCAUUCCACAGCAGCAACGAGAAGGACCAGAGGGUUGCAACCUGUUCAUCUACCACCUCCCUCAGGAGUUUGGGGAUGGAGAGCUGAUGCAGAUGUUCCUGCCUUUCGGUAAUGUCAUCUCCUCCAAAGUGUUUGUGGAUCGGGCGACAAACCAAAGUAAAUGCUUUGGGUUUGUGAGCUUCGACAACCCAGGUAGUGCCCAAGCUGCCAUCCAAUCAAUGAACGGCUUCCAGAUCGGCAUGAAAAGACUCAAGGUGCAGCUGAAGAGGCCAAAGGACGCCAACCGCCCCUAUUAGCCCCCGCCCCAGCCAGCCGCCGCCACCCUGGCGGCCGGGGCAGCCGUCGCACACAGGGAAAGACAGGCUAUGUCGUUCAUUCACCACUGAUGACUUCAUUCAAGGGCAACUUAUCACCCACUCACAAACUAACUGAACCAUACCAGACGGUGUCCUGAGGCAAAUCACUACAGGAAGAAUAGUGCAAUCUCAUAUGAAUGUGUCACAAAAUAUGUGGCACCAUUACUUUGGAUAUAUAAAAACAUUUUCAGAGAAAACAUGUCUUUUUGAUUCCCUUUUCUUUUUGCCUGAGAUUGACAGUUAUUACAGUGUCUGAAAUUUCAACUGAUAAACAAGCAUACUGCCAUUUUUGCACUUGCAUUCCCAGUUUUACUAUUAUUAUAUCCAAAUAUAAUAAUAAUGCACUAUUAUGGUACAGCGUUGUCAGACUGACAAGCCCAUAUUCAGACAGCAAGCUGGAGUACUACUUAACUUCUAAUGACACAUGAGGGUUAAGGUGUGACUUGAUUAAAAUCCCUUCAUCAUUUCAAAACCAGGAUUAAACAGUUUGAUUUGAAUAAAAAACAAAACUUAAUUGUUUAUCACAUAUGAGAUUACAACAGCGUCACUGCCAGGGAGCUAAAUUAAUUCACCGCAGGAUGAGCACUGAUUUGUUUUCAAAAUUGUCUCAGCAAAAUUAUCUUUGUUUAUCCAUAUCAGAAUUUAGAGUCUUCGUGCUGGCAAAGAUGCUUUAGAGAGGCAGCUGUCCUGUAAAUAUGUUCCUCUGCUCCAUCUGCAUGUAAAUACAGCAAGUAUCAACAGUAAAGGACACAUAAGGAAUGAUAUUAUGUCAACUUUUAACAAAAAUAUCUAAAUUAAAAACAAAUAUUUACAUUAACAUUAAUUAGUUUUCUAAUGCAAUGUAGAAAUGUUGUCUCUUAUGUAAUACAUGUUUGUUUAAGCCCAGAUGGACUAGCUACCAUUGAAUUGUCUUAUAGAGAUCCAAGUAAAUAAAUAAAUAAACAAAAAACUAGACAUACAAUUAGAGCAAAUCAUUUUUGGAUACUUACAGCUCCUUUAAACACACAACUACCAAUAUCAAGUGUAAUUUUAGUGAAAACUUAGCCAACUACAAACUAACAAGACUAAGAGUCUACAGCCAUGCUAGCAGCUCUGUGAGGUUGUACUUAG